AUUUCUAUUUGUUUCGGGGCAAUUUUCUUGUUAAAUCUUUAGUUCGUUAUAAUGUGUUUUAUUCCUUUUAAUAUUCCUCAAACGUGCCCAUAGUUUACUUGAAAAUUCAAAAAGUAAUCUUUUAAUUUCAUCCCAAUCUUGUCAAAUUCUCCAUAGUGGGUACGCGCCACCAGAAGAGGAAAACCAAAUCGAACUGGUCACUGUCCACACCUAAUCUAGUCAAGUAAGGCGGCACUGUUAGCGUCGCUCUCGCGGACCGGUGCUCAAGGAGCCGCACCGACGUCCUUCGUGACUGCACCCAGCAAGAAAUACGGCAAGGAAAACGGCGUCCCGCGACAAGUUUACCCAGAAGCACCGAGCACUGCCCUGCCGUAGGCACACCGAAGUUACGUACGGCGGCCACUGAGCUCUGCUAGCAUUCCCGCGAGAUUCCCUAGGUAUCCGGUUGUCGCCAGUCUGUGCAGAAGUGACGCAGUCAUCACCCUCGAAGCUCUAGCACUCAUCUUCCGAGGCUGCCUGCGAAGCAGAGAGGUUUGCCGGCCAUUGGUUGCCAUAGCUGUUUCAGGCUCUGCGGCACAAUACCGGAAGGACAGCGGAAAAGACCGCCAGUGUCGCCGAAAGCAUCACGUCCAAGUCGUUCUCGAGGAGCGCACAUGGAGGUCCGGAAACCACGAGAGGCGUCGAUUCAAUCAACAGCGACCACUCCCCGAUCGCAGAGCGCCAAAAAGGGCACUUUGUCCAAAUCACCCGAGUGCAGCAGGCCGCGUAAAGUGGGUGAGGGAGCAACCAAGUCACCCGAGGAAAGGAAAGACUCACCAGGCACAAUGCGAGCCGGCUCUCAGUCACCGGCGAGGAAGGGACGGAGUUCACGGGUUACCGAGGAAAGGUCGCCUGGCUGCAACAGCGACAAGCGCAGCGCAACCACUACACCGACGCGGGCCAUUUUGCGAGGCUCCCCGCCGCCGGCAGGAGACCCCAAAUCGCCACUGGCCAAGGCACGGGGUCCACAGACUGCCAAGAGGGACAACGCGCGGUCGCGUGGGAAGAGUAGCUCGCGAGACGUUCCAGAAGCGUCGCUCUCGCCGACCGGCGCGCAAGGACCUGCGCCGGCAGGAGACCCCAAAUCGCCACUGGCCAAGGCACGGGGUCCACAGACUGCCAAGAGGGACAACGCGCGGUCGCGUGGGAAGAGUAGCUCGCGAGACGUUUCAGUAGCGUCGCUCUCGCCGACCGGCGCGCAAGGACCCGCGCCGACGUCGUUCGUGACUGCACCCAGCAAGGAAUACGGCAACGAAAAAGGCGUCUCGAGAUUGUCAAGCCGCACACGGGGCGCUACCGCCGCGACAAGUUUACCCAGAAGCACUGAGCAGUGCCCUGCCGGAGGCACACCGACGUUGUCCACGGUGGCCACUGAGCUCUUGCAUUCGAAGCCUCGCGGUACGGAAGGUUUGGAAUCCCGUGGUCGAGGCUUGAGUACCGUGUCACCGCGAGGCGUCAGCUCUAAGCAAGGGUCACAUGACAGCAGAGAGCCCCAGGCUGCGCUCGCCACUUCACGGUCGGCCCGAGGAAACCAGAAAUCGCGUGACGCGAAGCCCACGUCGACUUCACCGCGACGGAGCGUCGUCGGCAAAGGUCAAGUGACCGGCGGCCGUAGCAGUUCCCAGGAUGCUAAGCCUGCCUCGUCGACACCAGUGCGCAAGGACAGAGAAAAGGCGAAGACCGCGGAUAUCGCCAGCGAGAAGUCCGCGCAUACGUCACCGGUGACGGCCAGUCCCGAUGAUUCUGUGCUGGGCUAUCCCCAGGACCAGGAGCUCGUCGCGCUGGAGGCCACGCCCACACAGGCCUCGCUCGACAAAAUCAUGACCCCGCGAAGUGGUGGCCAAACGCAGCUGGCAGUCGGAGGUGCCGCCGACGUCAGCGAGUUUAGUUUCCAGGACCGGAUGCUCCGGGGCCUGCAAGACGUCCAGGCCGAUUCCGUUCAAGCAACAAAAGCGACCACGCCGGGGAAGCCGGAUGCGUCGAAAGGCCCGUCGCCCGUGCUGCUCAAGUCGCCGCUGACGUGCUGCGAUCUCUGCGCCUGCGUCCUGGUCGUGGCUGUGGUGGCGGGCUUCGCGAUGCUGUGGCGACGCGGGAGUGGCGAGCCCCUGGCGCACAUGGCCGAGUCCGCGGCCCACAACACGUCCCGGUGCGAGGCGGACGAGUGCGUCCAGCUGAACUCGCUGCUCGACGACAGCAUGGACCGCGCCGUGGACCCGUGUCAGGACAUGCACCGAUACGUGUGCGGCGGCUGGAGUCGGCGCCACCCGGGAAAGAGCGUGCGCCACUACACGAAGUGGUGGGCGCACCGCACGUUCGUGGAAGGCGGCGAGGCCCGGCGCUCGGGGCGGUUGUACGCCGGCGUCGCGGGCCAGGCGGCGUUGGUGUUCGACGCUUGCGAGGACGUCCUGCGGCACGGCAACCGCGACAUCGAGCCCAUCGCGGCCCUGCUGCGCGGCGCCGGCAUGACGUGGCCGCACGUGAACGAAGACAUGGACGUGCUCGGGGCACUGGCGUUCAUGGACGAGGUGCUGGACUGGGCCGUCCUGUUCGACUUCGAGCCCGUACCGCGGAGCGAGACCACGUGUCGCCGCCCCGCCGGCACUCGCAGCCGCCGGCGCUCCCAGACCACAGGCGACGACGACGACAUCAUCGUGCGAGUGAAGUUGUCGCGCCACUUCCUUCCGGUUCGCUACCUGGUGACCGACAUGAUGGAACGAGGUCGGUUCGACGCGUACGUUGAGCUCCUCUUCGUGACGCUCGUCAACCGCACGCUGAAGCCCUUGCCUUUGGCCGAAGAAACCAAGUUCAUCGAAAAGAAGGUUGUCCGCGACCUGGCUGAAGUGGCAGAGGACACUACCUCGCAGCCGCUGUGCACCACAACCGAGGGCGCGGCCCUCUGGACACCCUGGCUGACAGCCGACGCUUGGAAGGAACUUCUGGUUUCUCUAUUCCACUUGGAUGCUUACUAUCCUGUGUACAUGGAGAUCACAUGCCCCGAGCUAUUCCGUGCUUUUUUCGCUUCACAGGACACAGGAGAAACGUACCAGGCCUCGAGUCCUCAGAGGUUCACCACUCAGGUGAUCAGUUGGUACGCGCUGCAGACGAGCGUCAUGUUCGCCUACGCACCGGCCAUCGAGCUAAUGUUCGCGAAUAGUACGGCGGCCGCUGAGGCGCAUAGGUACGCCUGCCUCCAUCUUUCCACUUCAUUCUCCGGCACGGCGUACGCCUUCCUGGCGUUGGCCAAGAACCGUUUCGAGGACGCCUACUGGGAGACACGCUCCAUCAUCAACAGGGUGACGGACUCCUUCCUUGGCGACUUCGUGGGCGCGCACUGGCGCUCGAGCGACGCGCGCGGCCUCCGGCUUCUGUCGCGCAACCGUCUCUCCAUCAGCCUGCUCCGGCACGCGGCCGACGUGUUCGGGUCGUGGGCUACCUACUACCCGGUGCGCAGCUCGUUCCUUGCGGUCUGGCAGUGGGCCUCCAGGGGCCGCCUCCCCGAGGCGUUCCUUCCGCAGAGGCGGGAGGGCUUCGCCACCUGCUGCGCCCGCGAAGACGGCGUCAGUGCACUGGUCUCAGCCGCCGGUGACGCCUGCUGCGGCCUGUUCGAUGAACUGGUCGCCACGGCUGACUGGAGCGGCCUGAAAUGGGUGGAGAUCGACGACGACACCAGGAAUGGCAGCCGGCCGUACCUGGUGCAACCGGUCGCCUGGAACGUUCCGUUCUUUGCACCCGGCCUGACGCUUCCAGUGAAAUACGGCGCAUUCGGGUCGCUGCUCGCCGCCGUGGUCGCCGCCAACUACUUCGAAACCGGCGAAGUCCUGGAAUACGAAAUGCUCGUAGAGACCCUCGCUGCGUGCCUCAACACGACGGAGCUGUCCUCCGGCGACGACCACCGCUCCUGGAGCGUGUCCGCUGACGUUUUCGCCAGGAGCCUGACGCUUAGGAACGCCACGCUGGAGCCGCUGUGGAAGGCGUACCUCGCCGCCAGGGAGUACCACAGCAGUCGCGACGUCUCGUCGCCGUCGUCGCCAGUAGACGUCGCGCGCGCACGUCGCGACGACGACCGCCUCUUCUUCGUGUCGUGGUGCUUCGCCGUCUGCGGCGAACUGGGUGCCAGCGAGCUGUGCAACGUGCCGCUCAGGUCCGGAGGCAAGUUCGCGAGUGGCAACUUUACGAAAGCCUUCGGGUGUCGCGCCGGUGAUCCGAUGGCGGUGCCGGCGAAGUGCGCCCAGUUAUGACGUCUGCUCGACUCGUGCGUUUCAUCUGUUUUGACGUUCUACGGGAUGCGCACCUCGGGCAGAAGUGACUGUUUCUUACAUGCCACUUGUAACGCAAAGAACUUGCGAACAUGAUCCUUAAUUGCCCGUUUCGAAUUCUCGAUUGUACGCACGUGUGUUUCAAGUGAUCUAGGAGACAAUAUAUAUGCUGCUCAUUUCUCGUUC